AACUAGCAAGUGCGCGCGGCUUCAAGGAGAAAGGCACGAGGCUUUCCGAGUCUGGUCCCUUUUCUAGUAGGCCACCUAGUAGAUCGUUCCAAUAACGAACAACUUCACUACGAGACGUAUUAAGAUACAAGGGUAAUAUCUCACGAUUAACGGUAUUCUGUCUCCAUGUCAGCCAUUGGAAGUGUAUUCCUGGGAGAUUUCCAGCGACAUCGUAUAAUAUCUUCCACACCUCCACCGUCAUCACCUCCGCCCAGCCAACUUGGACAUCAAAUGAGUGUUGGAUCUGUUUCGCAAUCCCUCGAGGAACUCGUAGAACCUUUGGAUGAUGCCCAGUCAGAGCUGUCUGAUGAACAGCCGACUCCGGCUGCUGUGAUGCCUUUAGCACAACUCGAACCAUCAACCGCGCCUCCCGUCAUAGAUCCCGUCCUAUCGCUGGAGCUGAGACUCCGCUGGCUGGAAGCGCUGAUUCUAGGCGUGCGGCAGGAUGCGCGGGAUCGUAAAGGAAAGGACAAAGUACCAGAGCUCAAGCGCGGUGAAACCCUCAUUCGCUUAGCCGAGGACGUACAACAGCGCCUCGACAACGUCAUACAAUCCAACGACGGUCUUCAGAGAUUCAUGAGCAAAUAUGACCUACACGCCCAUCUACUAACUGCAGCAUUUGCUCUGUCAGGGGUGCUCCCUGGGCCAGCCCCGGCAUACGAAAACAUGUCCCCAGAAGAACUUGAAGCGCUCCUGGUAGAGAUGGAACCAGAAAUUCGAGCUGCAGAUAGGGACAUGCGCGAGAUCGAAAUGCUAGAACAGAAAGGCGUGACAGCAGCUGGAAGACUCGCAGACUAUGAAACCUUGCAGCCUCGUUUGGACGCGCUUUUGGAAGCGCAUCAGGAGGAUAUUAGAUUGGCUGCGUCGUUAGAGAAACGAAUAGCAGCUCUUGUCGACAGACAUGCUACUCAUGUGGAUGCGCUCUCCGAACUUUUCGUGGCAUGGGAUGACGUCCUCACAGAAACCGAAAAUAAAGUCACAAAACUCGAACGUGAUCGCGAAGAGCGCCAACGACUAGGUUAUGAAUAAACACUAACAGCCCACCUCCACGCCAUGAUAAUUCCAUCAUACAUAGGUACUUUACGCUCAUUAUAAUGAACAGGAGAAUGAUGAUAAAAAAGCUUUAUUCCUUCCUACAU